AUGUGUGACGACGUCCAAAAUUGUUGUCGCAUAUGUUUAGACCGGGAGUCAGACCAUAUAUCCAUCAUUGGGGAUUCAACUAUAAAUUUACAUUUAAAAUCGUGUCUUGGGGUUUCAGUAUCACCAAAUGAUCACCUACCAAAAACUAUUUGCAUGUCCUGUGUAUCAUUACUAAAUCAAUUUUAUAAUUUUCAACUAAAUGCUCGAUGCUCACAAGAUUGGCUCGAAUCUUCAGUGCAAGAGAAAGGAAAAAAAACUGCCGAGAAUAAAGUUCCUUUGCAGCCAUUGCCUGACUCCGAAUACAACUCAGACUCUCUUCUAGAAUUUUUAAACAACACUGCGAACAUAGAAGAAUAUUUAAAUAACCUAGGCAAAGAAGAUAUACCUUGUAUUGUGAAUAUGUUAGACAGAAACGAACACAAUAUUGAAAUCGCUAAAGCAACUUUGAAAACAUCUAAAGUCCCUAGCCCUAAGAAGAAAGACGCCAAAAAGUUUAAAAUGGACGUAGAUAUCUUAGAAUCUGAUUUGACUGUAAUAAAAGGACUAAUAAAAAAAGAAACAGACCCAAAGACUAAAAUAAGUCAAGUAAAGAAUGAUAAAAAUAUAUUUGUGUGUUUCGGUUGCAAAACAAAGUUUGAGAAUGUACCGAAAUUAUUGCAGCACAUGAGUUUAUGCGAUAUUGCACUACGUACAUGCAUACACUGUAAUAUGCUAUUUAAUUCUAAACAACAAAUGCAACAACACUCUAUCACUCAUAACACAUCAGUACCGUUUACAUGUAACUGUGGUGAACAAUUCCAGACUAAAGAGAGAUUGAUCCAGCAUCACAGAACUUGUCACACAGACUAUGCUGCAUCAGUAGGGUGUGUAUACCGUUGCAAGGAAUGUGGGGACACAUUUAAAGAACGUUGUCAAUUGUAUAAGCAUGCCAAAGAACAUAUAAUUAAGUCAGAGGAGAGAGUGUGUGAUACUUGCGGCCACACGUUUAUGGACAGUGUAACUUUAGCCAAACAUAAAAAGGAUGAGCAUGUAAAACUGGAUAAUGUUAUGUACAGAUGCAAAAUAUGCAGUUUUACUUCAAUUGAUCGCAAAAAAACAUAUCUUCAUGUUAAAAAUCAUACUGCAAGACCAAAACCGACUCGGCAUUUAUGUGAAUCCUGCGGUCGAAGCUUCGCUACCCGCAUCACGUUGGACCGUCAUAUGACACAGCAUGGAAGUGAUAAAACAGCCUGCAAUAUUUGUAGCAAGCAGUUUACAGAUUCAAAGUCGCUAGAAGAACACAAUAUGUUUCAACAUUCUAAUACAAUAAUGUGUGAGAAAUGUGGCCAGUGUGUUAAUAGUUAUAAGCUUAACUUGCAUACUUGUGUGUAA